AUGAAGAGUGGUCACCCACGACUCUGCGGUGAGGCGCUCCGCAAGGCCGUACGCUUUCUGGUCCAUGAACCUUGCACCAUCAUCAAUGCGCUCCUUUCUUUCUGGAAGGGUAUGCUCCCUCCAACUGUAAGCCAAGCAGUGGCUGAUGUGGCACAUGCAGUAGCAAGUCUGAACAGAAAUGCUCGCGCAGGCGCCAGUGUGGUCAUAAAUCUGCUGGAUCGUGUACUGGCCCGGCUGCUGUUGUGGCCGCCAGACGACCUGUGCCACAUCUUUGACUACAUUAGGACGCCAGGGCAGAAGUUAGUGCUGGAGAGUGCCCGCCAGAACGUUCUAGCCUCUAACGACGCCGACGGCCACACCACCGAUGUUCGCGACUGCGACAGCUCCCACGAUGCCGACAGUGGAAGCAGUAGCGACAGCGACGGCGGUAGUGACGUCGAUGCCGAAAAUGACUAUAGCGAUGACAGCAGCUCCAGCGAUACCGGCGGCAAGGCCAGCGGCCGCAGCAAAAAGCGCGGGACGGCCCGCUCGCCAUCGGUGGCCAGCUCUGACAAUGUUCAUGCUGAUAACUCUCCCGACGAUAAUGCAGGGGAAAACCGUCCUAGGCUGCACAAACGACAGAGAGUUGCCCAUGACGAAGGAGGCAUGACGCCUGUCCGUCGCCAGAAUUUUAUGCCUCGCUCUGGAGGACGCCUGUCACAAUCGCCUAGAAGGGCCCAGUCAUCCAGCAUGCUUAGCCCACCGGCUCCUCACAACCUGUCCGAAACGGAGAGCGAUAAAGUUUCGGAUUGCGGCAAGGCAUCAGCACCAUCCUUCGGUGAGUGGCAGUUGCAAAAUGCCGCAUUGAAAUGCGUGACCAUUGAUGGGUUACCACGUAUCAACUGCAGUUCCAACGAGCGCAGGCGCAUUCCUAUAGCCGACGGCGAGAGAGGCGACCGCAAAGACUAG